AUGGAGACGAGCGUGGAUACGCUCGUGUACCAACUGGAAGACGACGAUACCAAUGUACGUUGGAAUUCAUUACAGAAGCUUCGAAGGAUUGCAGCAGUGGAAACCUCGCACUUUCCGGUUCGCAAUACUCGACGCUUUCUUCAAUGUGUCCGGAGACGAAUUGUCAAUGAAGCAGAUCCCUGUGUAGCUAUUGAGGCGCUGAGGUUACUUGGAGACGUGAUGGUCUCACUUGGAGAUGAUGUCGACCAAAUCUUGUCUUCCAUUCUGCCUCAUUUAAUCUCGAUCCUGCCGAGAACACGCAAGGACCAGGAGGAUAGUGAGGAGGAUUCAGAUAUUCUACAGGAAGAGAUGCUCCAAGUCUUUCGGAAAUACACGAACGUUACCAAUGAUCUCCAAGCUGUCGCCGACUUGCUCGUUAAUAUCGGUCUUGGAAGUGGACAAGGAGCUGUACGUGAAACCUCGCUCGUUGUCUUGAUGCGACUACUCGAUGAACGAUUCUUGAAGCAUUCAAAGACAAAUCGAGAUGCUACAAGAUCCGCAAUCGGUCGAGGAGACAAGGCACUUAUCGUCGCUUUGGUGCAAGCUAUAAUACCGGCCAUGGAAGAUACGAACGAGAAUGUGGUCGUAGUGGCCGAGGAAGCCAUCGCCAAACUUGAGUCCUACUGGGGUAGUCGAUUUUCCAGCGACAUGAUGAAGUUUCUAAGCACUGAAGACAAACGGACGCUACAGGAGCAUCAAGAACCGAUCGCAGAUUUCUUGCAGGUAUGCACAACCUCUACAUCGCCACCGGCUUCACCACCGCAGUCUUUACGGCCAACUUCUACUGCGUCAUUCAGUGAUGCAUGUCCGUCAAAAGCUCACCCUCUGACGUUGACAGAAGAGCUAUAUUUUGGGUUCCUGAAAGCUGAUAUCGUGGCGAUAUUAACUACAUACAUGAGCAACUCGAAUGCUGACUGGAAGAAGCGCGCAACAGCCGUGGAAAAGCUGUACGCAGCUUGCAAGGAGGUGGAUGCAGGUACGUUACGUGGAUUUACAGUGGAAGAGCGAGCCAAACGAAUGGACGAACUAGAGAAACUUUUCGACGUCCUGGUGCAUCUUACACAAGAUGUGGAUGUACAUCUUGUUAAACGAGCACUCCAGAUCGCGCAGAUAUUAUUCCGUAAGCUGAGCCCGCCGCGAUACAAAGAAGAUGAUGUCCAACCGAAUCAAAACGAUGAGAACGCAGAGGUCAAGGAUGCAGCAUUCUACAUGAAAAAGAUGCUAUCCCCCACGAUAGAAACCGCAGCAAACUUUGUUGGUGAUGACGACGAGAUGGAGAGUUUUGUGUAUACCCUACUAGGACAGGUCUUUGCAAGUGGCUGCGUUAGUGUUACCUCGAUCGAGCAAGUGCUAGCUUCGACGUCACUUCGACAUCGUCGCUCUCAAAUUCGAGAAGAAGCCGUGAAAGUUUGGAUUGUGCUUCUUCUAAUCACAGAUCGAGAAAGUCUCUUAUCAGAUAGCUACGCACCGAAUGAGUACGUUGUACAGACGCUGGGACGCUUGCUAGGAGAUACGAACGCCCGUGUGCGGGACUUGGCUUUCGAAGUGGCUGCCGUGCUCGCUAUGGUGUGCUGCUGUAAUAUUUACGCAUUACUGGAGACUCUUGUCGAGGAUGAGUAUGUUGCGGAACGAGUGGAUUGGGCUGCGCUACGUGCGAGAUUAAGACGUAAAAAUGUUCCAGAGCUUCGAUCCAAUUGCACGCUACGAAUUAAAUCUACGGCUGUGGCUACGGGCGUAUGUAGAAGUCGAACGAAUCGACUGGCUUCGAGUGUAGAGCAAUCGCUGGAUACGAGAAGUGAAGGGGUCUACACAACGGUUGACAUCAACGAAAAGUUGUCUGCCUUGAGAAAGAAAAUGGAUCAACCUCGCUCCAAGCGGACACAGCGCCCUCAGAAGGAGCUCACAACUGCACCUAGACAGCUUAGCCCUCAGCAAUUACAAAGCCUACAAAGCGAUUCACACAACUACGAGGAUCGUAGCAAGUUCACCGACCGAGCGAGAGUCACUAAAGCUGAGUCUCCCUCGCAUUCUUCGUAUGAUGAACGCCCUAUUUGUCCGCUGGCUUCCUCGGGAGAAUCUGACCAAAUCUAUUUAAAUUUUGGUGAAGCGCCCCGGUCUGGCAAGCAAGAACCACGAUACUUGGAGCCGCACGAGAUCACUCCUUUGAUGAAUCCUAAACAUGAGCUAAACAGAGUUCUCUCUCAACUUCAAAGUGACGACUGGGAAGCAAACUUCGAAGCACUUAGUACAGUUCGACGACUUGCAUUGCAUCACGCUAGCGUGAUCGACGCAGUCAAGGUUCACACAAUUAUCUCUGGGAUCAUGAAGCAAGUCUCGAAUCUGCGUUCAUCAGUCUCAAAGAAUGCCCUGAUGGCACUUGAGUCCAUGUGUGCUGCUUUCAGUCGAGCAAUGGAUUCGGAAGUGGAGAGUAUCGUCCCCGUCUUGCUCAAGCGCUGUGCAGACUCGAACGCCUUUGUGUGUGAGUCAGCUGCAGCGUCUUUACGUGCCGUGGUGCUGAAGUGCACUACAUCUCGCGUUGUAUCUGCCUUGACGUCUCGUGCGAGCAGCAAGGCCGCACCGAUCCGACGAGAAGUAGCUCGUGGUAUCUACGCACUUAUUCUAGGUCAAGCUGACAUACAGACAAGUAAGGAUCUGCCUCCAGUUCUUCAACUGGUUGGCCGAUGCCUCGAAGACUCUAAUAACGAGGUGCGUGACAUUGCCAAGCAGGCAAUACUCCACUUACACCACAUACAACGCUUACCAAGCGAGCGGAUCAAGAGGUUCUUAUCGGCAUCAGCACAGUCAAAAGUCAACAGCGCUUUGAGUGGGAAAGUCGCGUAUGUACCGCAACUACUUCCCAAGUCGUCCAGUUUGAUGGAAAUUGCUUCGGAGUUGCCUUCGUCUGCCACCAAGAAACGAGAGACUACCUCAGCACCAAAGGCAAAGAAGACUGCGAAGCUCUCUAGUCGAGCGUCUCCACCUGCAUCGAGCAACGGAACUCGAUUAAAGAUGAACUCGGAUGAACUCCAUCGACUCGAGGCGAAACUCGACAGUAAUAACUGGAAAGACCGCUUUGAUGCGCUCAACGAGACGACGAAUUUCAUCUGUGGCUGUGCCUCAGCUCUCGUGGAAAGCGGCCAGAUGCUGAAUCUAUUCGACCAGCUCAUCAAACGCCUGGACGAUGGCAAUGCCAAGGUGAACGUACUAGCGCUCGAGUGCAUGGAGAGGAUUGUCCCUGCUGUUGGCAGUGGAAUGGAGCAAAUAUUACCGAAUUUUGUGCCUGCAAUCGCUAAGAACCUUGCCAACGCUCGAACGUCAUCUCUGGCUCUGUCUGUAGUGCGACAGCUUUGCGCGCACGCGGACAAUCGCUCUCUGUGCCAACAGUUUGCGAUUCAAGCUCGUAGUGCCAACUCCCGUGUGAUCCCAGCUCUUCUUGAUACGCUUACGCAACUGACAGCACACAGCUUGGACGACAAAAACAACUACGUGCUUACUCGCCAUGUGCUGCCCUUGGCGGUGGAUCUGCUGAAGGAAGCCAAGAGUGGCGUGAAAGAAGCAAACUCGAGAUUACUACGGCAACUACGUAGGACGCUAGGACCCACAGCUAUAUCGAAUGCCGCAUCCAAGCUGAGCUCGACGCAGCAAGACAAACUUGCUGCUGUGCUGCGAUGA